CAUCUCCCCAGCCUCUGUGCUGUUAGAGGGGCGUUCAGUAAAUCAGCCACUGAAUGCGGGGGAUCCAAGCGUUGUUUUGUUUUGUUUCAGUCUAUUUAAAACCACAUGGAAAAUUCAGGAAUGAAUGAUGUUUCGCUGCGCCUCGGUGUUCAGUCAUCUUCAUCAGCGAGAAGAAGAAGACGAGUUUCUGCAUGAACAGCCGGCGAUCGUUUAUCCCACACGGCCUCUGGCACGCAAACGCACCACCUGCUGUGGACGCCACCGGAGGAAAAUGCGUUAAACAAAACAGAUUCAUAGACCUCUAUUGCUCAUAUGAGACGUUUUUUUAAUGGCUUUUACCAGCAGGACGACGUAAAGAUUUCAUCAUAGCCCGGAUAGAUAUGGCAGUCAGCACCACGGAGCCGAUCUGUCAGCCUUGUAUCUAUCAUGAGGAUUUUAAAGGUGUUGAUGUGGUGAUGUAUGGUGUGGUCAGUGGAGCUGCAGGUGAGACGACCUUUGAUGCCUGUCCGACUAAGUCCUGAGCAGGUGGGGCUGGAGAUGCUGUGCCUCUGUGGGCAACUGGACCUCCUCAUCAGGGCGCAGAUGCAACAGUUCCAGGAGCAGUUAGGACAAGGCUGUAGCCCAGAGGAGUCGGACACCUUUCAGACUCAAGGAUCCGAUAUUCUUGACCAAAUGCUGCAGUGCCUUGAACAUCUACCAAAGCCUAUGCCACAGUUAGAGGACUACCUGGACAUGGUGGGUCUGUCAGCCAUGUUUCCUCGGGUAGAGGUCUUCCUUAUUCAAGGCAGUCCUGUUGACAUGCUGGACCGGCCCCUGAUGGAUGGAUACUUAUUCCAUGUCGCCAAACUGAAUCAACUGGUGGUGCUGAGUCAGCAGCUGGAGGAGGACAUCAGACACCUGGGUAGUCACAAAUACAUAGCUCACCAGCUCUCAGUCAUAUAUCAAGUCAUCAGCUCUUUCAGGGGAAUUAAGACCUUUUCAGAAAUAAAGAAGAACAUUGAGAGCAACUUCAAACAGAUGAAGCAGUCUCUGGUGGUAGAGGAAGGCUGCAGGCAUGAGCCUCAGCUGACAGCUCAUUACAUCAGCUGGAUAUUAGAAAUAACUCAAAGCCUGACGUCGCUGGUUCUGUCACUGCCAGAGGAGCUGAUGGAGGACCUUCAUCAGGCCUGCAGCUUUGUGUCUCAGUUCUUAUCCUGAACCAAAAUCCUCUCCAUAAAGGAUCCUGCUUCAAAAUCAACUGAACUGUCUUUGACAUUAUAAAGGUGCUAUACCAUUUGAUUGAACUUGAGGAUCAAUGAACUGGAUUAUCUAGUUUAUUCACAAAUUAAGUUCAAUUUGUGUCAUUCUCAGGCUGGCUUUUGUUCGUACUUAUGCUGAGUCAGUUAUGGACUGAAUAAUGAUAACGUG